AUGAGCGAGCAAAUCUUCCCCUGGUGGGAAGUGCAGAUGAACCCGGUGACGGGCGUCUGGCUCUUCGCGCGGUACACGCUGCUCAUCAAUCGCCAGCGGCUCACCCUCGACAAAAUGAUGGAAAUCGACGUCGACGGGGAGCUGACGCGCGCCGACAAGAAGCGCAUGAGCUUCCUCUACGAACAGAGCUGCGGUCUCCGGCGGUCGUUCCACAUCACCCAGAUCUCCAUCGUCCUGUUCCUGCUCGGCCUCGCCCUGCAGUACCUCUACUUUGCCGUCGUUGCGGUCACGGAGGACGAGGAGGCCGUGCGCGGCAUGAACGUGGGGUCGCAGAUUUUGGGGGGUCUGGCGAUGUUGGGGGCGGCGAUCGAGAUGGGGGUGUCGCACAUGCCGCUGAAGAACGAGGCGACGUUCCAGGACCGGUGGAACGACGAGGUGGACCACAAGCGGCACCCGGGCGCGGCGCUGGAGAAGGCGCGCAGCAAGGUGCGGCUGAUGAAGGCCUCGGCGUCACAGGGCCACCUGUCCAACCACGGCAAGGUGGACGUCGGCAUCCCCGGAAGCGGACUCGCCUACUGA